AUGGCGCAAUCUAGCAAAGGCCAGUCGGCGCAGGAGAAGAAACGUCCACCGCGGCAAGCUUUGGAGCCUCUUGCCGCAAGCUCUUCGUCCAGUACAGGUAGCAAGCUCGACGUCGUGUCCAAGGCGAUCCUUGCCCCAUUCACGCAUCGGAAACACGACUCAAGCAAGCUUUUCACGGAUUUGGCUCCCGUCAUCAUGACACCCCGGAUGAUGAACGCGGCAACCGUCUCUGGGAAGCCACGCGCCUCGGUCGGCGGCUCCGGGUCAACUUCACGCAUGGACUUCGCAACACUGGGACGCGCCCCGUUGCGCCUUGGUCUGGGCUCUCGGCGUAUUACUUCACGGGACUUGCAAAUCGUCGAGGCAACGGACGAACUGCUCGACGCGGAAGUGCCAGAGCCGGAGGGCGUCGCGUCAGAUGUCAGUCUUUUACGCGGGUUCAACGCGACAAUUCCAAGUGCGGAGAAGAGCCGGAUACGGAGAAGGCAGACGCGUAAUGUUGAUGCUCCGCGGCUAGGCCUCAGGAAACUAGGACAGAACGCGAGGGGCCUGCUCGGUCAGGAGGAAGACCAUGAGAGCGAGAGUGUGGCGAGUGAUGAUGAUGUGGUGGUUGUGUCCAGGACGGUGCCAAGGAGCACAAAGCGUAAGGGGAAACGAAGAGGGAGGCAGAGUUUGAGUGCAGGAAAGACUUUUGGGAGGGAAGAACUGGUUCGGCAGACUCGCGAGAUCGAGCGGGAUAAAGAGAAUCUACAUGUUCGAAGAACACUGGUCAACAGCGAGAUCGCGGAAAUAACUAACAAGAUCGAGGCUCUUGAUGCGAUGCGCGCGAAGCUCGAGCAGGAUCUCCUGAAACUGCAAGAGGAUGAACUGGAGUUAGAUGACGAACUGGAGGGCGUGAGGGAACGACUUGAGUUGGAGGAGUCGACAAGUCGUGGUGCUCGGAGUCCUGCGCAUGCGAACCAUGUAUCUCAAAGUUCUCGCAGACGGAAAGGUCCUAUGUUCCUACCGUCAGAACACGACGAACUACCGCCAGGUGUAGCAUUCAUGACGUUAACGGGUCAUACAAAUCCUAUUACAGCGCUCGAUUUCUCAGAACCUUACGGUACACUCGUGAGUGCCUCCCAAGAAGAUCCACAACCGCGUGUCUGGGAUCUAUUGACCGGUGAAGAGCUCGGACGGCUGCGCGGACACCGAGGGACCGUCAAGUGCAUGCAGGUGGAGGACUAUGUGUGUCUAACAGGCAGCGAAGACAGUACUGUCCGUCUGUGGGAUCUCCGGAGGGUGGACGAGGAGGAUGAAUGGGAGGGAGAGGGUGAGAUGCUGAGUUUGAGUGAUGUCGCGGAGGAUGAUGAGAGCCGGGACGGCGGAGAAGCGAAAACCAAUGGUAUUCGCUCUGGAACCAGUGGAACCGGCAGUACAGAGGAAAGAGAUGGUUCAUGUGUGAGGUUGCUCGAAGGGCACACGAAGGCUGUCUCCACGUUGUAUUUUGAGGACGAAUGUCUGGUUACAGGCGCCUCAGAUAAGACGAUGCGGCAGUGGGACCUCACCACUGGACAGUGUGUCAUGACCAUGGACAUCCUGUGGGCCAUAUCACAUCCACCCGUUGCUCCAUCCGGCAGUGCGUUGCCGAAUCACUUCUUCUCUGGUGCGGUGGCUGCGUCUGGGACGUUCGCUGUACCUACCCCUCCAUACGCUGACGGGACCUGGGAGAUGUAUCAGGAUUUCGUUGGUGCCGUGCAGUUCUGGGGUUACGCUCUAGUCAGUGGAAGUGGGGAUGGCGCAGUGCGAAUGUGGGACAUGCGUACUGGCCAGCCUCAUCGUACAUUACUAGGUCACACUGGUCCUGUGACCUGUUUACAGUUUGACGAGCUGCAUGUCGUUAGUGGCAGCUUAGACAAGUCGAUUCGAAUCUGGGACUUGCGCACAGGUGGUAUAUUCGAGACCCUUAAGUACGAUCAUGCCGUCACUUCGCUACAAUUCGAUACCAGGAAGAUCGUGGCAGCGACAGGUGACAAUGGGGUUAAGAUUUACAAUCGCACAAGUAUGCAGCAGUCAACACUCAUGAUCAACGGACAUACAAGGCCGGUCGAAAAGCUACGUUACAUGGACCGGUAUCUUGUCUCCGGUGCUCGCGAUGCCGCUGUUAAGAUCUGGGCUCUAUGA